CAUAACCACACUGACUGGAAGUUUAUGAAAUGGCAUCGACCGAUUCGACAGACUGGCAGUUUACCAGUAGUAAACUGCCUAAAAAUGUUGAGCUUCUAGCCACUAUUUCAAAUGGUUUUCUUGGGACAAGAUUGUUUAGUGAUACAGUCUAUGCAGCGGGGGUGUUCAAUGGUGAUCACUUGAAAAGCCACAGGGCCCGGAUACCCUCAUCUCUGUCUGUAAAUAUUACGAUAGAGGGCCUGCAGGAGGAUGGUUCUUCCGAGGAGAAGGAAGCGCGAAUUUAUACUCUUAAUGCAGCGAAAGGGUAUUUUUUUCAAAGUUUGGAUUAUUUAAACGGAGAAGUCACUAUCGAACAGAAAGUGUUCGCACACAGAAAAUUAAGAAAUCUUCUCAUAACGGAGACAAAAGCGAGAACAAAUCGUAAAGAAGGCAUUACUAUUCAGCUGCGAAACAACAUGGGGGAGAGAAGUGAUGAUAUCGAUUUUAAGUAUGAGAAGCAGGAAGACUACAACAUUUUAAAUGGUUUUACCAAUGUAACAGAAGCUUCAGAUGUUCCGAAGGUGGAGGUGGCUGUUGCUUAUUUUCCUGAUGAUGCAAUUAAAUUGGCAGUGCCAGGCUCUGGACAAUGGCAUACCUACUAUGGAGUUACUGCCAUUUGUUCUUCACUGGAAACAAAAAACCCCAAAGCCAAAACAAUUGCUGAUUUUUUGAAUGCCAGAAAGCUUAUCUUAGAGGACUAUCAAAGCUUUUGGGAUAGUCAUGUGACUGAAUGGGAGGAGCUCUGGAGCAAUGGAACAAUUGAAGUUGCUGGUAAUUUGAAAUUGGCACAGGCUAUAAAUUCAAGCAUGUACUAUAUACUGAGCUCAUUGCAAUCAUCAUGGCCACAUGGCUUGAGCCCAGGUGGUUUGCCCAGCAAUGGUUAUCUUGGUCAUACCUUUUGGGAUCAGGAAACCUGGAUGUACCCAACAAUCUUGAAGUUUCACCAAGACAUGGCAAGAAGCUGUCUCCAGUACCGAUAUGAAAGGAUGGGUGCAGCAUCAAAGAGAGCUGAAUCAGAGGGCUAUAAAGGUUUGAUGUUCCCAUGGGAAAGUGCCUGCAGUGGCGUCGAAGUUUGUCCAGAACCGUAUCCUUACUCGACGUUUGAGCAUCAUGUUGUUGGCGAUAUUGGGUUUGCUGUUCAGCAGUAUUGGAUGGCAACACAUGACUCGAACUGGUUCCAAACACAAGGGAAGCCAUUGCUUCAAGGAGUAGCGGAAUUCUGGGAAAGCAGGGUUGCGUUUGAUAAAACAAAGAAUGCUUUUUGUAUCAACCAUGUACAAGGCCCAGACGAGUAUCACUAUGACGUCAAUAACUCGGUUUUUACAAAUGUUAUUGCUAAAAUCAACUUAGAAUUUGCUAUCUACUUGUUUGCAAAGUUCAAAAUAGAUGUACCAGAAGCAUGGAAACACAUUGCUGCUCAAAUGUAUGUCCCAUUUGAUGAAGAGAACCAGUAUCAUCCUGAAUUCGAUGGUUACAAAAUGAAGACAAUCGUGAAGCAAGCGGACACUAUUUUGCUUGGAUUCCCCUUGAUGUACGAAAUGCCUAAAAGCGUAAGGGAAAAUGAUCUGAGGAUAUACGAAGAAGUUACAGAUAAAAAUGGUCCUGCAAUGACGAAAUCGAUGUUUGCCGUUGGAUGGAUUGAGUUAAAGAAGUUAGAAAUGGCGUCAGUAUCUUUUAAAGAGGGAUAUGCCAACAUCACUGAGCCUUUCAAGGUGUGGACAGAAACUCCCGAUGGAGGCGAGGUCAAUUUUAUAACUGGGGCUGGCGGAUUUCUUCAAAGUAUCGUGUUUGGCUACGGUGGUAUACGUUUGAAGAUGGAUGGAUUGUAUUUGGACCCAGUCCUCCCUGAUGAAACGCAGCGUCUUGGCUUUUACGGCGUUACAUACCUUGGCAACAAAAUCAACUAUACUUUUGAUUCAGAGAACACAACCGUCGUGGUCACGAAAGAGUUUGCGACGAGGGAAAAACUAGUUUUGGUGACGGGAAGCAAAACAUUCUCUUUGGAUGUUGGCUUUCCCUGCCGCUUUGCAAAUGCUAAGGCCGCAAUAAAGCCGGUGGAGAGCGUUCCUUAGGUUUAAUGAAUUUUUGAAAUUCAGCGAGGGUAUGAAUCAAGUUGAUGCCAGUCAUUUAUGAAGAUACUUAUAUUUUGUUAGGAUUCGGGGUUUAAGUUUUUGACCUGGGUGACCAGAGAAUAUUUCCAUUUAGAGUAUUGAAGUUUUCUUUGUGAUACAAUGCAGGGCUCAGUGAAUGAAAACCGUUCUUGGUCUAUACUAGUUAACUAUGCGGAUCCCUAUGGGCUUUCCAACAGGUAAUGAGAGAGAUAAUACCUUUAUAUGACUUCUCUUUAUGCCAUUUUCUGAUCGCAAUCCUUUGGUAAAUCGCUUAAUAAAGACAAAACACCACGAUUUGCGUAUCUAUUUCCCAGUUCGAUAUUUUUCUGCAGUACACUGCUUAUUAAUGUUAGAAUCCUAUUUAAAAUCACAUUUAACCUGUUAUGUCACAUCAGUUUUGCAGCCAAUGAUAAUGUAAUACUAAAAUACCUGGAGUUAACAACCCUCAAUCCCAAAGCACCAUCUUCGGAUAUAGGUACUUCUUUCAUCUUUUCAAACUAUGUUCUAAUACACCUUUCCAAAUUUAUAUCGUCUCGUAUUAAUGUGAUAUGGAAGCGAGGCUCAGCUUGAUAAAUCGCGAUAGCACGAGGAGAGUUUAUUUGUUUUCUUAUCAGCGAAUCGUAUAAAAUCAGUAAACGUUUCCGUUAUUAUUCAAACUUCAGUAAAAACUUUUUAUGGGAACAUUCUUUUGUGGGGACGAAUUCAUUCAAAAAUUUAGAUUUCAAAUUGCUUUUAAAAGUUCAUAGAGAGCACAAUUCCCUUUAGAAGGCAAAAUUCAUAAUGUAACUUGAUAUCUGCCGUAUUACACCUCUCUUGAUGCCGUAUGUAUAAAUGUAAUGUAAUUGAGAGACCAAUUCGAACGCUAAUAGAUAUAGGUAUUGCUUUGCCAUCGUGCAUCUGUAUUGAUAUUUUUUCUAUAUUGCGUAUUUUUACGAUGUAAUCGAAUUUAAACUAGUUUUAAUAUUUUCAAAAUGAAAUCAAUUUAUACUAUUUUCACUUUAAAUGAAAUUAUUUUUUGUUAAAAGGAGA